AGUUAGCGUUUCCGCCAUAGGUGUGCCUAUGGUUCCGACCAAAACGUUGUUUACAGUUUAUGUGUAGGCGGACAUACCGAUUUUGCAAUGUUUCUCCACAGUCUCGACGAAAAUAUGCAUUUUAAACCGACCCGAAAUAGACUUUACACCACUAGAUGUUGCGGAUGUUGCCAUGUUAGGACGGGAACUAUCAUUCUCGGCACUUGGUACAUGGUGGUGAACCUGCUGAUGGGCAUCCUGUUGACCGUGGCAGUCACCCACCCUGAGAAUGUCCCCACAGUCGACCUGCAGUAUGAGGUCAUUGAGCACUACUUUGCCUCGGACAGGAUGUCAGAGAAUGCCUGUGUGGGAUUCUCCAUCUCCCUCUUGAUGCUGACCAUCAGUGCCAUGCUGGUGUAUGGAGCCGUCACUCAUCGUGAUGGGUGGCUCAUCCCUUUCUUCUGUUAUCAGCUCUUUGACUUUGCCCUGAGUUGUCUGGUGGCGAUAAGCUCCCUCACGUACCUGCCCCGGAUCAAAGACUACCUGGACCAGCUGCCUGAUUUCCCGUACAAAGACAACCUGCUCUCCCUGGACUCCAGCUGUCUGCUUCUCUUUGUCCUCGUCUUCUUCACCUUCCUCAUCAUCCUCAAGGCUUACCUCAUAAACUGUGUGUGGAGCUGCUACAAGUACAUCAACAACAGGAACAUCCCAGAGAUCGCUGUGUAUCCUGCCUUUGAGGCUCCGCCCAGGUACAUCCUGCCCACCUAUGAGAUGGCCGUGACGAUGCCGGAGAAGGAGCCGCCUCCCCCCUACAUGCCUGCCUGAAGCCCCGCCCCUUCUCGUCGUUCGAAUCCUUAUCCCGGUGGGAAACCGAAAACAGAGCCUGUUCUUCAUUAACCAGCAUUUCAUGUAUUUUCAGUUUUAUCCUUAUGUGUUGAAGCAGUUUCUUUAAUCUUAGUAGAACAUGAAAGAAAUGAAAGCACUUUAUAUUCUGACUGAUUAAAUGGAUACUCCAUCCAGUUUCCACAUUUGUGUUCUGGUUUUUUCCUGAUGGCUCCAGUGCGGCAGGUGACCAUGGCAGGGCUGACAUGCAGGGUUGUGUUUUAGACUGGAGCAGGGUCAAGAGCUCCACACCUGACAACUCAGUCACCGCAACAAACGCGUUUCAUGUUCAAAAGCAGAUUCUCUCUGGAAAAUCCCAGAUUUUGAGCUGUUUUGAAAGCAGUUUGAACAGAAAACUGAGUUGUGCAGGAAAAUCAUUUCUAGUCAAUAGUGCAGCAGUCAAAGCGGUUUACUUAUCUUAAACAUCACACUCUCGCCCAGUCUGAACCCAGUCUGAACACACUCCCACCCAGUCUGAAACUGGUGGUGUUAGCUUAAUUUUUACUGGAGUUGGACUAAGGGGCUCAUAAAUCAUUCUAAGACAGUGAUCUGACUCCACCGGAAAAGACUUCAGUAACCGAACCAGCCCGAACCAGAGCUCAGUGUCUCAAAGCUUCAGCUGCUCCUGUCUGCUGCGCUGGAGCUGUCUGAACAACCCUGUUGUUUUGUUGUUGUGUUGCUUUUCUGAAUCUUUUGUUGUCUGUGCAUUCCUGAAUGGGUGCCAUAGAGGUUGUCAUAGCGAUCCGUCGCCGUGGGAACUGCAGGGUCGUGCCAUAAAGUCUUUCUCUCACUAGAAGAAUCCUUUGGAACUCUCUAGAAACCGAUGGUGUUGUGAAAUGCAUGCCUCUCUUCCCUUGUUGACUUCUUUCUGAUCGUGCAUAUGUUCUUGUAAACAAAUUACACUACAAUAAAGAGUUAAAAGAAAGCCGUGUCCAUAGCACCUGUCGGAAACGAUUAUAUUAUGGAAGUUUUAUGGGUCCAGCAUUUUCAAAGAA